UCCCUCGGACAGACACAGUUCACAAUUGCUUGCUUCAGCCGCGUUGGCUCGAGAGGUGCAUUGAUGAUCAUUCUCGCCGGAGCCUGAGACUGCAAGGACGGGAGCGAGCGACAAGAUGCUCCGAAGUCAGAAGGGUUGAUCGGUGAGUCCCGACAGUACUUUGAUCAAGCGACAAGCCUGCAAGUUUGGGGCUGAGGAUGUGAUCGCCAUGGAGCACUGCGGCCAGCCUGACCUGAACCGAUCCGAAGGGGCAAACGGAACCGAGUCUCAGAAGUUGGCCCCUCACUACACCCCGGCCGCCACCGCCCUGGUCAGUUUGGUGGUCACCUUCAUCAUCCUCCUCACCAUCGUGGGCAACAUCCUGGUGGUGGUGGCCGUUUUCACCAGCAGGGCUCUGCGGCCACCUCAGAACCUGUUCCUGGUGUCACUCGCCUCGGCUGAUAUCCUGGUGGCCGCCCUGGUCAUUCCCUUCUCCCUCGCCAACGAGGUGAUGGGCUAUUGGUACUUUGGGAGCGUUUGGUGCGGGAUCUAUCUAGCUCUUGACGUGCUCUUCUGCACCUCUUCCAUUGUCCACCUGUGUGCUAUCAGUUUGGACAGAUACUGGUCAGUGACUCGCGCGGUAGAAUAUAACCUAAAAAGGACCCCCAAACGAAUUAAGUGCAUGAUUGCCAUAGUGUGGCUAAUAUCAGCAAUCAUCUCUUUCCCGCCUUUGGUUACUAUGGACACUGAUCGUAGCAAGCAGGGAUGCUGUGAACUCAACGAUGAUACCUGGUACAUCCUCUCAUCUUGCAUAGUGUCUUUCUUUGCUCCGUGUGUGAUCAUGAUCUUGGUCUACUUCCGAAUCUACAGGGUGGCUAAACAGCGGACGUCUGUGGUGUCGGUGGCCAAGAACGGGUCGGACGGGAGACCUUCCCAAACUGAGACUUGUUUCGCCUCCAAGGGGAAGGUUGACCCGGAGAGUCCCAGCAGCCAGAGUUCCUGUAGCAACCAGAGGCAGGAGGAGCUGGAGGACAUCGACCUGGAGGAGAGCUUCUCCUCCGAGACCAAGGCGAGAAACUCCCGGGGGUCCAACCCAAGGAAACUGCAACCUCCCGGCUACUGCCCCGCGGCGCUGCAGAACCGUUUGUCUUGGAGCAACAACCAAGCUUCUCAGCUCUUCGAGCAGAGGAAACGGCCCGUCUCAAACCUGACCAAAAGCAAAGUCGCCCAGCUGAGGGAGAAGCGCUUCACCUUCGUGCUGGCGGUGGUGAUCGGUGUCUUUGUGGUUUGCUGGUUUCCGUUUUUCUUCACUUACAGCUUGAAGGCGCUCUGUAGAGACAGCUGCUCCAUCCCCGACCCCCUCUUCAACUUUUUCUUCUGGAUCGGUUACUGCAACAGUUCUCUGAACCCAAUCAUCUACACAAUCUUCAACAGGGACUUCAGGAAGGCCUUCAAGAAAAUCAUUUUUAAAACGAACAAGCGUACUUUGUAACUGUAUGUAAAUCGGAUGUCUUGUCUUAAUGUGUGCUGCUGUUGUGAUAUUUUGCUGUCCAUAUUUAAACGUUUAAAGCUAAUGUAAAAAGAAAAUAAAAGCCAUUGUGGGAUAAAUUUG